GUCUCAAAAAUGCGGUGUCCGUACUGCUCGGUGGAGCAAGGGCGGUGCACCAGCAGCACAAGCGGCAGACCAAUAACAGAGUGCACAUCCUGCGGCCGCGUAGUAGAAGAGCGAUUAACUCAAUCCCACCAUCUCUUCCAUACACGCGCCCAAGACACCCCUCUUUGCCUCGCCACUUCUGACCUCCCAACUCUUCCCAUCUCCGCAACUAACAACGAUGAAGACCCAUUUGAACCAACAGGUUUCAUCACCGCUUUCUCUACUUGGUCUCUCGAACCCUACCCAAUAUUCGCUCAAUCUUCCAUUUCAUUUGCGGGUCAUCUUGCUGAGCUGGAACGGGUUCUUGAAACGACGUCGUCUUCUUCUUCUUCAUCAAGUUCGUCUGCUACUUCUUCGUCUGUUGUGGUGGAGAAUCUGAGGGCUUAUUUGCAGAUUAUUGAUGUGGCUUCUAUUUUGAGAUUGGAUUGUGAUAUAUCGGAUCAUGCGUUUCAGCUUUUCAGGGAUUGUUCUUCGGCGACGUGUUUGAGGAAUAGGAGUGUUGAAGCGCUUGCUACUGCUGCUCUUGUACAUGCUAUUAGGGAAGCUCAAGAGCCAAGAACUCUUCAGGAAAUAUCGGUUGCAGCCAAUUUACCUCAGAAGGAAAUUGGGAAGUACAUAAAGAUUCUUGGAGAAGCGUUACAACUCAGUCAACCUAUCAAUAGUAAUUCCAUAUCAGUCCACAUGCCAAGGUUCUGUACACUUCUUCAGCUGAAUAAAUCUGCCCAGGAGCUGGCGACUCACAUUGGUGAAGUAAUCAUCAAUAAAUGCUUUUGUACACGAAGGAAUCCGAUUAGUAUCUCUGCUGCUGCUAUAUAUUUGGCAUGUCAACUAGAAGACAAGCGGAAGACCCAGGCUGAAAUAUGUAAGGUGACUGGACUCACUGAGGUUACUCUUCGCAAGGUGUACAAGGAGCUUUUGGAGAACUGGGAUGAUCUCCUACCAUCAAGUUAUAAACCAGUUGUUCCACCGGAGAAGGCUUUUCCUACAGCUACCAUUGCCACGGGCCGUUCAUCAACGCCUAGAGUUGAUUUAGUUGAGGCAACUUCGACUGAGAGGGACAAGCCUGCUAAACCAGUUGACUCAUUAGAUGUAUCUCCUCAGACAAGAGGGAAGGAGGACUCACAUUGCAAAGAUAAUAUUAAUACAACUCAAAUAUCUUUGCCACCACCAUUUUGGAAGCCCCAAGCUCCUGCGGAAGGUGGAGUUAUAACAGCUACAGAGAAGAGUCAAAAAGCUACUCAAGAAAUGGAGAUUGAUUUAUAGUAUAAAAUCUCCGGAAGACGCACUAUUUCACAAACAGAAAAACUGCUUCUAGUUCUUUGAUAUUAGCCAGUUCUCAUAUCACCUUUGUCAGCUGCAACUUCGGCUUCAGUAUCCUGGACGCUCCAGCGCUCAGUAUCACCUGGCCUUUCUCCAAUGUUCAAGUUGUACUACCACAAAAAGGUUGCAUCUAACCCUGCAGAUAGAGGAGAAAUUAAGCGAAGUCAUAAUGAGGAGCCAUAUGUGGCUGGAUAAACAGAUAAGCAGUUGCUUUGGUGAGAGGACGCCUAUGAGAGGGAGGAAUUGUUCAGCAUACAAAAACACCUCGUGUAAAUUUCAGUUGGUACUCUCGUGGAGAUUUGAGCGACCAGGUGCUUAGAUGAUGGGCAUUUUCUCAAUCAUCUAAAAGUCCUAUUUUCCUUCUACUUCUCAUAAUAGUUUCUUAAUAAGCCACAGUUGAUAAUGAUAUUAAUGUUCUACUUUGUUCCGAUUUGUGGUUAUUUAAUUGUGGACUGUACGCACCCUAUAGUAAAGUAAGUGUGGUGGAUUUCGUGUCGUGUGAGCUGAAGGGGCCUUCUAACAACUUCUCCUUGUAGACUUUAUCUCCCCCGAGAGAUGAACAGCAUUGUACAAUACAGCAUUUACUUUGGUGAGGAGUUCAGGUCUAUGGUGGCAAUCGUUAAA